CAUCCAGAUGUUGGGCAAAGGCCAGUGCUGAAUUUGGGUUCGCCACACGCUCAGCACAGCAUGGAGGCAGCAAUGACAUCAGAGCAAGCCUUGGCUGCCCCUUGCAAAGCUCAGGCUCAGGGACGGGUUGAAGCUGGAGUCCAAGGGUGAGGGGGAACCUGAAGGUACUCCUUCUGUGGGUCAUUUGGUUAAGUCUUGGCUGGUUUGGGUCUGCACUUCUUGUUGCACUGCAGAAAAUCCAGCUGUCGAUUCCUCCUGUCUUGGGGGGGACAGCGGCCUCGUCAGCGCCGCUUGCCGGAAUGCCCAGGCCAUGGUACCGUGCUUGUGCUGAGGGGCAGUGGCUUCUGGUUAAUGUGUGCAAUGUUUUGUUUUUCUGAAGAGACAGAUUCUGAGACUGUGCUGGAGACCUUAGCUGUGGAAGAAAGUGACAGUGUGCCAGGCUCACAUGAAAAAAGAGAACCAAUAGAGGACACCAGGACACUUGCUGAGCCUGAGGAAUAUUCAGGGUCAUCCGGUGGGCAAAAAGCCCAGACUGCUGGACACUGUGACCCGAGCAAGUACUACAUCCUAGUAGGGACAGUAGCAGCCUCAGCUUUGCUUCUGCUUGGGGCAGUGUCUGGCUAUCUAGUCAUGCAUCAGCUGCUGAAGAGAGACAGGAGGAGCCAGGAGGACAAAGAGGCAACAGGACAGGACUGGGACUCUUCCUGGGAAAGCUGUGGUCAGCCUAGAGGUGAAGCAGAGUCAGGAGAAGGAGCGGGAAGCAGCGAGAGAGCCCAAGGCAACGGGUUCAGGGACAGCUGCCGCCUGUUUCCUGAGCUCUUUGCAGCAGAGCUCGCCCAGCUGUACAAGAACAUGAGCGCAGACCCGUCACCUCUGCCCACCUGCUCCUUCUGUGCUCUGGCUGACAACGCCUCUUCACGGGACCACUGGAUUUCCCUGGAGUCACCUCAGCCCACAGCAUCCUCUUGGCCCUCCUACCAAUACCUGCAGGACUACUAUCUGUUAGAGGAUGAAGAUUAGUGAUAGUGAUAGAUGGUUAGUGAUAGUGAUAGCCAUAAAUAGUGAUAGUGGUAGUGAUUCUUUUAGUGAUAGUGAUAGGGACACUUGAUAUUAGAGGGUGGUGGUUGUUUUAAUGAUAGUGAUAGUUAAUAUUAGAGGAUAGUGAUGGUUUUAAUGAUAGCGUUAGUUAAUAUUAGGGGAUAGUGAUUGUUUCAAUGAUAGCGUUACUUGAUAUUAGAGGAGGGUGAUUGUAUUAGUGAUAGUGAUAGUCAUAAAUAGUGAUAGUGGUAGUGAUUCUUUUAGUGAUAGUGAUAGGGAUACUUGAUAUUAGAGGGUGGUGGUUGUUUUAAUGACAGUGAUAGUUAAUAUUAGAGGAUAGUGAUUGUUUUAAUGAUAGCGUUAUUUGAUAUUAGAGGACAAUGAUUGUAUUAGCGAUAGUGAUAGUUAAUAUUGGAGGAUGGUGAUUGUUUUUGUGAUAGUGGUACAUUUAGUGAUAGUGAUACUUGGUAUUAGCAGACAAUUAUUGUUUUCUUGAUCUUGAUAAAUAAAUAUUUUUCCAAAAGCAGUAA